GCCCACCCCACCACACUCGCCUCCUUCCUCCUUCUUCCUCUUCACUUCGCCCCUCGGCUUCGAGGGUUUUUUUUCUUUCUUUUUUCUUUUUCUUUUUUUGUUCUUCCCUUUUUUUCCUCUUUCCGUUUCGAUUUUCAUCUUCGUUCUCUUGUUGUUCCGUUUGGGUUGGAUUUCAUCCCGACCCAAACCCUAAUAAAUCGAUCUCCCUGCUCCACGGGGGAGGCGGGCGGGCCGGCGAUGUCCAUGCAGCAGCGGAUGAAGCAGGCCGCGGCGGUGGCGGCCCAGCAGCAGCAGAUGAUGCAGCAGGCGCUGCUCAUGCAGCAGCAGCAGCAGGCGGCUACCGCGGCGCAGCAGCAGCCGCCUAUGUUCCCGCAGCACCACCCGCACCCGGGCCUCCUCGCAGCGCCGCAGAUAGAGCCCAUUGUUAGCGGAAACCUGCCUCCUGGGUUUGAUUCAAGCACAUGCCGCAGCGUGUAUGUUGGCAAUAUCCAUCUGCAAGUUACGGAUUCACUACUCCACGAGGUCUUUCAAAGUAUCGGUCCAGUAGAAGGGUGCAAACUCAUCAGAAAAGAAAAGUCAUCUUUUGGUUUCGUUGACUAUUAUGACCGUAGAUCUGCUGCACUUGCAAUUGUGUCACUAAACGGUAGACAACUGUUUGGCCAGCCAAUAAAAGUCAACUGGGCAUAUGCAAGUACCCAGAGAGAGGAUACAUCAGGUCAUUUUAACAUCUUUGUGGGGGAUCUUUGCCCAGAGGUCACAGAUGCUGCUUUGUUUGCUUUUUUCUCGGCAUAUUCUACUUGCUCAGAUGCUAGGGUUAUGUGGGAUCAGAAGACUGGACGAUCAAGAGGUUUCGGUUUUGUUUCUUUCAGGAAUCAGCAGGAUGCACAAACUGCCAUAAAUGAGUUGAAUGGGAAGUGGCUUGGCAACCGUCAGAUUCGUUGCAAUUGGGCAACAAAGGGUGCUAAUGCUGGUGAAGAGAAGCAAAAUACGGACUCGAAGGGCAUGGUAGAGUUGAUAAACGGCUCAUCAGAAGCUGGCAAGGAGAAUGCAAAUGAAGAUGGUCCUGAAAAUAAUCCACAGUAUACAACUGUUUAUGUUGGCAAUCUUCCCCAUGAUAUCAACAGCAAUGAUGUGCAUCGAUUUUUCCAUUUACUCGGGGCUGGCUCAAUUGAGGAGGUUCGCGUAACACGUGAUAAAGGAUUUGGCUUUGUGAGGUACAGCACCCAUGAAGAAGCUGCACUGGCAAUUCAGACGGGUAAUGGCCAACUUGUUGGUGGAAGGCAGAUCAAGUGCUCUUGGGGAAGCAAGCCAACUCCACCAGGGACAGCAUCCGCGCCUCUGCCCCCUCCAGCCCUGGCAGUGGCACCAUACACUCCUGGCGUGUCAGCCGCUGACCUCUUCUCCUAUGAGCGCUCCCUGGCUCUGAGCAAGAUGGCCGGCAACCCGGCCCUGAUGGGCCAGCAUGCCGCCCUGAGGCAGGCCGCGAUGGGUAUGGGCGCCGGAGCCAGCCAGGCCAUCUACGACGGCGGCUUCCAGGGCGUCAACCCGCAGCAGCAGCAGCAGCAACAACAGCAGCAGCUCAUGUACUACUAGAGUUGAGGACGAUGAUGCCCUCCCCCUAAUAUAUAUACAUCGUAGAUAAAAGCCUCAGCAGGGGCUUUCCCUUUCUAAUCCUUGUUAUUGCCAUCUAGUACUUCUAUUAUCCUUUGCCGCUGCUGCCUUUUGUCUUCUGCCCCGGGGUCGCACGGCUAUAUAUAAUAUCACUGACAUGUAUUCCUACUAGUGAACUUGGAAAUGUUUGAGUUGCUCUGCCGGCUCUUUUUCUUCUUUGUAA